UUCUCGACGACAGUGUCACGGGUAUAACGGGGAUACUCUUGUAUCGAGUUACGGAGGUGUUUCACAAGGAGAUCAGCGAGUAUCGUAUUUGGAACUAUCAAAUGGAGGAUUUAUGCAAAAACGAGAAAUGUUCGAGGCUAUUGGCCAUUGUGCCAGGAGUACGGAGCAUUCGGGAAUGGCCGAUGAGCGUGCUCAAGGGCGGAUUUUAUAAUCAAGUAACGACCCGACGUAGACCGAUUAUUUUGAGAACGGCCUUACCAUGCUCCUUUUCUCUCGUUUCCCGCCCUUUCUUUUUCUUUCCUUCCUUACAGAAGAGAAUACGUCUAACGAAUUGCUCGGCCAUUGCCGAUCCUAAAUUUCACGAGAACAUUUCGAAGCGAGAGAAGGAUCCGCCGGAUCCCUGCGAGAAACGAAGAGUUUCUAUCCUUUUACGCGUACCGUUUCAUCGUUGUACCGUGACGUAAGUAGUAUCGCAUUUCUCGAGACGACUUGAAAACGACUCUUGCAUCUGAAAUCGACGUACGCGGUUAAGGGAACGAUACACCGACGGAUUCCAUCGAUCGAAGGCGAGACAACGCGAAACCGUUCACCGACCGUGCCAAGUGUACGUCUUAACGAGAGCGAACCUGUCGGAUGCGAUAUUCGUGGCCGAAUACGAGUAUGUAUUCGAGAACGAUCCGAUCGAGGAGAACGAUAGGAGGGAAGAGAUGCAAGGGACGACGCACUCAGCGGCCUCGUCGUUCGAACGUUUAACCAAACGCAAGAUCUCCUUGUGCCUCAGAAUCGACGAGGAGAAGCUUCUGACCUUGAGGAAAAUAAGUUUAGCCGGACAAGGUAUAAAGGGCCUGCUGGAGGAUUCGAUCGAAUUGCCAAACUUGAGGGAGCUCGACUUGUCCUACAAUCGUCUCGACGAAUUUCCAAAUUGGCGAAUGAUCGCCCACGUUAAGAAAAUGAACGUAAGCUUCAACGACAUACGGUCGAUCAAGAUGAAGGAAAAAUUGUCUGCGCUGGAGGAACUCGACAUUUCGUGGAAUUCCUUGACAAAGUGCAGAAAGAGUCUCGAAACUUUGAAAACGUUCGCCCCGAGCCUAAAGACGCUGAACCUCGAAAGAAAUCCUUUUUCCGAUAUCGUCCAACGCGACAAGAUCGUUCUAUUGACCGGCAUAUACUUUCCAAGUAGGACCGAAGUUCGUAACCUUGGCUUAUUGGAUCCGAAGGUGUUCGGUCUGAAGGUGGCUCGCAAUGCCUUGGCGGAGCUUUACGAUCGACACCCGACCAUUUCCAUAUCCCACUCCCCGAUCGGCCGGGUGCACUUGAAGAAGCCGUCGGUGCAUUUGGUACGAUUGCAUUUGAUCGACAAUUGCAUCACCGAUCUCGACGGUCUCACGCAGGAGCACUUCCCGAAAUUGAAGUAUCUCGAUCUUACCAACAAUCUGAUAACGUCCUUGCGACCGAUGGGCUCGUACAACACCAUAAUCGAGUUUUAUUGCGCCCACAACGAUAUUAGAAGGCUGCAGGAAAUCGAGAAUCUUAAAAGCUGGCAAAAAUUACAAGUCGUCGAUCUCAGCUACAAUCCGGACGAAUCAGCGAUUUCUUACAAAAACUUUCUAAUAUUUCAUUUGGUCGAUCUGAAGGUAGCUUUCUGUUACGACUCGUUUACAUUUUACAUCGCCCCGCGUUACUUCGUUGCGCCAUAUACGCAUCUCGUUUAUUAUCGGCGGCAGUAUGUUUCCGGACAAUGGGUGGAAAAGUCGAGUAUAGCGGAAGCGAGAAACGUCCUUGGAAAUAUAUUGGAUCAGACGAUGUUGCUGACGAUGAACCUUGCCCCGAAAUUGACGAACGUCAGACAAUUGGACGUCGUCAGAUGUUCCAUCAGAAAGAUAAAUCUACCGUCGAAUCUGUUACCUCAUUUGGAGAGUUUAGACCUGAGUAGAAAUCAUAUAAUCUCACUCGAGAAUCUAAAUGCCCUACCGAAACUAAAAACUUUACGUAUGAGCUACAAUCGUUUGGAGACCCUCCACCUUGACAGAUCGAACGAAUCCGAUGGCUUUCCAAAUUUGUCCACCUUGUACUUGGAUCAUAAUCGUAUCGGCUCGGUAACCUUGACCGACGAUAGCCACAUAUUUCCAACGUUGAAGCAUCUCUUUUUGCAUCACAAUAGAUUAGCGAACGUAUACGGUUUACGACAGAAUUCCACUCUGGAAAUUCUGAUAAUAGAUCACAACGAAAUAGAGACGAUGGACGUCGAUUCUUUCCACGAGAAUAAUAACAUCGCCUGCCUGUCGAUCGAGAGCAACAAGAUCCAAGAUCUACGCUUCGUCAAAAGAUUGCAGUCUUUGAGGAAGCUUCACGUAGCCGACAAUCUCAUAGCCAACGAAAACGAGCUCGACAAUUUAACGUUGUUGACGAACUUGGAAGAGUUGACUCUCUUGGGCAAUCCGCUCUCGGAAACGGUGAAUUAUUAUAAAUUCGCUUUACGUAGUUUGGCCAAAAUAAAGAGUAUCGACGGAUAUAGCUUGUCGAAUAAAACUUGCGGCUGCAACGAUCUUUCCGUCUACAAAUGCGUGCAAGUGCACUCAGAAAAUUGAUCGUUAUCGUUUUAAAACUCUCCGAUGAUAUGUUUAUUGAUAUUAAUGUCGAACAAAUAUACACGAUGAAAAUUCGUCUUUCAUUUAUUCGCGUAGCGAAACGUUUACAAAUGUUCCACAAAAAUCAUAGAUCGUGAUCUAUGACGCGUCGACGUGUUACCGACGCGUCAACAAAAAAAAUCUUUAUCGACCGAGUU